AGUUUUAGUCCCGUUAGGGUUAACGAGCAGCGCAAUGGACAACAUGUCCUCGACGGAGACUCUCCAGGCUCUGUCCAGCCUCCUCUACACCGACCAGGAGUCUGACGAGGAUGACAGCAUCUCGGUUCCACCUGCGGCAAGAAUGGGACCUGGUCAGAUUGGCCCAGCCAGAGCAGUGGAGAAAGACGCUCCCUCAAAGGACAGCAGGCAGAUCUGGAGUGAGGAGGAGGUGGCAGAAGGAGCACAGUUCGAUGACCUCUGUGACCCCCGGCCACAGCCCGAGUAUGAGAUCCUCCUGAAGCAGAGGGUGGGCACCGAGGAUGUGUUUCUGGGUAUGAGCAGAAAGAACCCCUCCUCCGCCUGUUGUGAGAGCAUGCUGGUCAAAAUCAAACUGCCCAACACAAAAAUCACUGACUUGGUCCUCGAUGUCAAAGAGACUUUCCUUGAUCUACGAACACCAAAAUAUAAGCUGGGGCUGCACCUCCCUCACCCUGUGCACAGUGAAGAGGGGAGAGCCUGCUUCAUCACGGAGAGGGAGGAGCUGGAGGUCACCCUCCCUAUGGACCGCCCACUGGACAGCAUUAACCUGGCCUGAGAGAGAGGAAGAGUGUGUGACUGUGCUGGAGCCCUGGGUCCAGUCAACCAAAGCACACUUGCGGGGUGUUUACACCAGAGCCCUUGUCUCAGCUGCAAAGGAAUAAUGCUUACAUGUUCUGCCUCUUGUCUUUCAUUGAAAAUGUUACAGUACAUCAAUGUACUGUAACUGUACUGUA